CUCAUCUGAAAAUAAGUACUGGAUCCGUCCUUUGAUCAUAAUGGAGAGUUAUAGAUAUUAUAGUUUUGAAUGCAAACUAAAAAGCACAUAUUUACUUCAGACCGUCUAAUUUUUAAUUAUUUGAUUCAUUACUAAUCUUUUAUAUUCACAGGAACGCACCACAUGUGGACACAGUAUUACAGUCAUACAGUUACCUUAGUAUUGGUUUUUUACUUAUCCGUCACUCUCAUGUGUUGUACAAAUCUCCAAAAUUUUGGAUUAUCCCUUCUGAACUAAGCUGUAGGGAAAAUUUAUAAUUGUUUUCAAAUUCUGCCAUCUAAUUAUAUUAUAUUGAGUAUAUUAAAUUCAAUUGUGAGCUUUUUUAAGAAAUAAUUAAUCAUUUAAUUGUUAUUUUUUUAGUAAUGGUAAUGUGUUUUGCAAACCAAGUUUGCUGACACACCAUGACUCUGUAAAUAUGGAUUCAAAUAGUUGGGUGAGUGGUUAUCAAGUAGAAAUCGGGACAUUACAUGUUUGAAUUUCAACAGCGACAAUUUGAUUAUAAUCAGUCAUUUCCUGCAUGCAACUACCAUGUGGUAAAAUGAGGCCACUCUGUCACUUCUCUCAUGUUCCAUUUCAGGUAUAUUGAAUACAGGUAUACUGGAAUGUAUUGGAAAUUGUUCCAAUAAAUCAUUGUUUUCAAAUUGGUCUGACUCUUUCUCGAUUUGUUUUAUAACAGUCUAAAUAGAAUAAACCACUAUUGACAUGAAAGCUUGGUUUAUGUUACUUAGUUUUUUAAAUUAAAUUUUAAAAAAUAUUUUGUUUGAAAGAUAUUUAUGUUUGUGGAGUUUUUAAUUUUGCUUGAGUUUAUGAAAUGUGUUAAAUGGAAGUAAAGGCAUCAAAAGCAACAAUAUGGCUGCAAGAUUGUAGGAGAGAAAGUAAGAAGAUUUGGUCAGAUCUGAAACACAAGAAUUGCGUGAGGUUGGCAAUACUGUCAAUUGUGGUGCUGUUGGCUGCCUUGUUUGUGUACCUGGUAGCUGUGCCAACUAUCUCCAGACUUGUCAUCACUCGGUUGGUGCAGCUUAAAAAUGACUCUGAUAUGUUAUCUCGGUGGCUGCACCAACCGGAGCCUUUCCUCACCAAAAUUUACCUUUGGAACGUGACCAAUGCUGUGGGUGUGAUCACAGGACUUGAAUCUCCAGCUUUCAGCCAAGUUGGUCCUUACGUUUACGAGCAGUUCACGGAGAAAAUUCCAAUAGAGUUCAAGAAGGACUCAAUUGUCUACAUGUCCCGCACAAACUAUCGAUUCCGCAAAGACCUGACAGAACCUGCCUCUCUGGAUGACAUAGUAGUCACUCUCAAUGUUGGCCUAUAUGGAGCAGCCAUACUAGUAGAGAGCUUCGCACCGUCGAUGGUGUCUCUGAUUAAUGAUGCUGUACCAACCUUAUUUCCUGGAAUAGAUUCUAUCCUGAAUCCAGUGCGGGUUGGAGCAUACCUGUUUGAUGGGAUCGUGCUGCACUGUGGCGAUGCUGAAGGUACUGCUGCCAUGGUCUGUAAUGCUCUCCCUGAAUAUGCUCCACCCACCAUCCGCAAGCUAGAAAACUCUUCUGACUUUGCCUUCUCCUUUUUGGCUCAUAAAAUCAACAAUCUUAGAGGUCCCUAUGAGGAGAACAGAGGCAUGAGGGAUAUAAUGCAGGUGGGAAACUUAAUGAAGUUAAACAACAAAACACAGCUGGAGAUGUGGCAGCCUGGUUCUCAGUGUGACCAACUGCAUGGAAGUGAUACCCAAACUUUUCCUCCAUUCCUCCACUCGACUGACUCUAUAGCCAUCUUUAUCUCUGAUAUCUGCCAAGUGUUAUCUCUGUAUUUUGAAAACGAGGAUUAUCUUCAAGGUCUGCUAGUAUACAAGUUCAUUCUAUCAGAACAGUGGUUGAACAGUGUGGCCAACAACACAGAGAAUUCCUGCUACUGCCUUGAAGGCAAGGAUCAGUUCUGCCAACACAACGGAGUGCGGGACAUCAGUCAGUGUAUGAAAGCACCCGUAGUGAUGUCUCUCCCUCACUUCUACCUGGGAGAUCCAGAGUUCCGCAACUACGCUCGAGGGAUGAGACCACAUCGAGACUUGCACACCAGUGCCCUCUAUAUUGAGCCUCAAACUGGAACACCAGUGAAAGCUGCCAAGAGAAUCCAAUUCAAUAUGAACUUGCGGAGGAUUGAAGGCUUUCACCUGGUUCAGAAUAUUUCCGAGGGUCUAUUCCCUCUGGUUUGGAUGGAAGAGACUAUUCUGUUGAGCAAUGAGGUGCUUGGAUCUGUUAAACUGCCACUUACUAUCCAGUGGGCAGUGAACACAGCCUGCCUAGUGCUGAUGGCAGUGGCACUGAUGGUUGGUUGCUCUGCGCUGAUAGUGUUUCUCUACCUCAGCAGAGUUGGCUGCUUCCGUCAUGUGGUAUCCAACCAGGUGAUGCCUCUUUCCCAACAACCCUCAGUCGGCAGUAGUUGA